CCAAUGGGAAAGAAGAAAACAUUGAAACUGCCAUCACUCUUCAAAUUAGCACCACCAAGAUCAAAGCACCAUCCAUGGCAGUUCUUUCUUUCUUGUGCCCAACAAAACAAGACCCUUUCGUUCAGAGCCAGUGAAUAUGAUCAUGACAUAUUCUUUGACCCUUUUGAGAGCCAAGUCCAAACUAUUGACUACACAUGGUUCACAACCUCACCUGAAUCUCCAAGCUUGUUCCAAACAGAUUCUGAUCAGAACUAUGAUGGAGAGUGUUUGGACAUGUUGGUGCGUGAGGUGAAAUCAGGAAGGUUAUUUUUUGAGCCUGGCAACAACAACACAAGUUCAAUCUUGGAGAAUAAUAACAAGGCUAAGGUUGUUGGUGGGGCUCCGUUGAAUUUCAAAGAAAGUGUGUUGUUACUCUCUAUGGAGUCAGAGGAUCCAUAUAGCGACUUUAGAAAGUCAAUGGAGGAGGUGGUGGAGACUCAUGGUGUAAAAGAUUGGAAGGGUUUGGAGGAGCUUUUGAGUUGGUAUUUGAGGCUAAAUGGUAAGAACAAUCAUGGGUUUGUUGUAUUGGCUUUUGUGGAUUUACUAAUUAGUUUGGGUGCUGCUGCCUCUGAUUCUUGUUCUCAAAGUUCAUAUUGUUCAGCUGCUUCAUCUUUUGCUUCUUCCCCUUUGUAUCCAUUAAAUCAGAAUGAGGUUAUUGAUCACCAGGAUGAAGAUACUGGAAGGUCUUAGUGUCCAUAGUAAUUUCUGUCGCAAUUUGUGUGUAUAUUUGUAGAU